AUGAGGAGAAAAGCUGAACUAUCACUUUCACUAGAGAUUGUUUUCACUGAAGAGCUAGAAAAAUGUAUUGGAAAAAAUAAUUUAGGAAUAUAUUUGAAUAUUGCGUAUGAGAAAGAAUCUUUUAUACAAUUAUAUUUUUAUAAUAGGAAAAAAGUUAUCUUUGAUACUGAUCCAUUUAGAACAAUCACUACUCAUUUUCAAUCUAUAUUCAAGCUAUCUGAAGACAAACUUUAUAAUCAACUUCUUAUUGAUAGAUUGGGGUCUUUCAAUCUUACUGAAGAAUACAAAAACCUAUUUUAG